AUGAAAUCCAUUCGUACCACAAACAUAACGACCGCAAAAGCUGUCAUACAGAAACCACCUCGUCACGUCAUUCUGGGAAAGAGAAAACGGCGUGGAAAUGUCCGUGACGCCGACGUUUUCUAUGAUUUCCUCGCUUCGUUUUGCCACGUGGUAAUGGAAAGAUGCUCUCCGAAUACGGAAGAUUGGAACAAAAUGAAGUUUGGAGCAGACUAUGAACAUUUGAAAUGUCCUGAUGAACAAUUUGAGCGGCAUGUUGAAGAAAAUUGCCAGUUGGCGGAAAAAUAUAUCACAUCGGGAAGAUUAUUAGCAUUUGAAGUGUGCAUGGUAACCCCCACUGAAAAUCAACUCAUCGGAUUUCGAAUCACAUUCAGCCAAAUGGAUUAUCCUGAAUGUCGUCGAAUCCGUAACCUUUACGAAAGAUUAUCAAUAAUUCUAGAGAAUAUUAGAACGAUGGAAAUCACGGAAAAUGUGGAUUCAAUUAUGAACUCAUGUAAAUACCGUCCUCGAAUUCGCUUGCUUACUCGUGUUCGUACAGCUUCGAAGCGGAAGAAAGACAAUUCAACAGCAGGAGAUUUGAAAAUUUCAGUGCCGAUUGCAGAUUCGCUCCCGUUGGUUCAAAAUUUAUUAACUUUUUAUGCCUUCAUGUAA